CACCAAACCGAAUGGCCAGCCAUUAUAGUUUUGCUUUCGUUUUGCUACUGUCCAUGGUGGCAACGAUUUGGACCAGAAGCAGCCCGCCGUCCACUGCCGUGGGCUGCUAUGGUGAUGCCCGAGAUUAUUACUUCCAACAGUCAAUGUUGUUGGCUGAUAUGUUACCAAGAAAUUCUCCAUUUGCUCCGGAUAAGUGUCGUCUGGCCUAUGAUAUGUUAAAGCAGAUCGAAAACUUACGUGUUGUAAUGGACAAGUGCGACCGCUGUCAAGCUGAAAUAGUUGAAAUUCCAUCCAGAGGAGGUAUCUGCGGUGGCGGAUUGUGUUUUGAGGGCUCAUCUUGCACCGACAAUUACCGGCCUUCAACAGCGGUCUGUGGUCCCUGUCCGGUUGGAUUUGACGGCAACGGAACACACUGCAUCAGACGAAACUUGGCAAAAUCAUAUUCAGCCACCCGUUGCCACAACGCCUAGGGAUGACCUAGCACCAGGGCUGAUCUGCUCUUUUUACUUCUUUUUUGCUCUUUUGACUACAGCGCCUCAGCCAAACAGAAUACAAAAAGGGAUUUAUAGGACAAGUGUAGAGUUACUUAUUAUCUAUUAGUUACAUUAUUAUUAGUUACAAUAUUAUUGAAGAAAGUAUAGUUUAACCUUUUGUAUUUAUAGCGUUACAGAGCUGCAAUGUCAUUGGUAGCAAAAAGAGUGCUCUUUUGUAUCUCUUAUGUAUCAGCCCCAUAGCGCCAUAAAUAUAAAAGACAAAACUAUACUUUAUCCAACAAUAUUGUAGAUAAUAAUCAACUCUACAAUUGGCCUAUACAUCACUGUUUGGAAUUUUGUUUGGUUGAGGCGCUGUAGUCAAACAAGCAAAAAUAAACUAAAAAGAGCAAAUCAAGCCUGC